CCAGACCUACUCCUUCUCCUGCAGCAUCGGCCAGUGUACACCGCUGGUCGUCGCCAACAUGCAGACAGUAUCCAGGGCGACCGCCGACGUCUUACCAACAUGGGCGCCGACUUUGUGUCGACAGCAAGGGGAGGCGAGUAUACGUUCCACGGGCCAGGUCAAAUAGUAGGUUAUCCUCUGCUUGAUCUAGGGCGAACCUCCCCCGCGAUGGGGAUUCGAGAUUACAUCUGUCGCAUGCAGAAGACACUCGAGAUCCAUCUCAGGGAGGCCCACGGUCUUGAUCCCAUCCCCUCACACCAUACCGGCGUGUUCCUCGACGCCCACACAAAAAUUGCCAGCAUCGGCGUCCAAGUCCGACAUCGUCUUACAACUCACGGCUUUGCCAUCAAUAUCACCCGGGAGCCUGAACCGUGGUUCGAUCAGGUCGUUGCCUGUGGACUGGAUGGUGUCAAGGCCGGCAGCAUAGAGUCAGCAACGAACAAGGAAAUCAGGGUGGAAGAUGAGAUUCCUGGACUGGUCAGUCAUUUUGGAAGAAUGUACGAGCGCGAGAUGGUGCCGCUGGAUUUGAGUGGCGAUGGUCCUGUUACAACCGAGAUAAAAGUCAUGGAGCAGAUAGGGCGCGACGCUGGUGACUGGAAAUCGUCGCCUAUGUAGUUUAUCAGCAAUGACAAGUAUCUUGUACAAAUCGACCGUUUGGCCCCCGAACUCACAAGUCAUUAACAGAUUUCAUUGACCCAGACUUUUACCACAACUAUGCGCCUCCUCAUUCUGCCCCUCAGGCAUUCUUCUCAUUCGUCAGGUGCUCCCGCCAUCUCCCUUCGUCGUGGUCUACGCUCGCAACCCAUCG